AUGUUUAAUUCCUUACUAAGUAAUAAGAAGCAGGAAACUGAUUCUGAUGACGAAGAGCAAGAAUUUGAUAGGUCGUCGAUGGAUAGCUCACUUGAUCAAACCGAGGAAACUGAGGAGGAAAAUCUAAAGUUGACUGAAAAGACAAGUGAACCAGACAACGCGAUUAAAUUAGAGGCAAUAGAAAAACUGAUUGAAGAAAAUGCUCAUUUUAAGAAAAAGGAAGAGGAGAUGGAAACGAAGUUUGACCUCCUCUACUAUAAAUAUGAAGGCCUUCAAAAAAUAAAGGAGAAAGAGAAGGAAUUAGCGAACAAAACUAUUACUGAUCUCAAGGAAAUGAAUGAGCGGCAUAGAAACACAACCAAUGAAAUGGAGGAAUCAAAUCGCCUGAUGAAAGCAGAGCUGGAAAGGGCAAAGGAAGAAAACCGAGCCCAGAUGGAGAGGCAAUCACAACUUCUGAAAGAGAAAGAAGAAUUGGAAAAGGAUAUUAAAGAACAAGCUCAUAUCAUCGCAGAGAUGUCUGAAGAGAACGGCAGAUUACAAAAAGAACUAAUGGAGGCAAAGAUGAACGACUUCGUGCGAGGCGAACGGCACGAAGCUCUACUGACCGAACUAGAUGGAUUAAAGGAGAAGAUCAGUUUCCUCGAAAAUAAGUUGUCCAAGCCUGUGGAAGAGGAAGAGAACGAAGCCUCAGAGGAAGAUCUACCCGAGGAGAGCGUCCCUCUUCCACAGCAAGUCAGUCAUCUCGGUAAUGAUGAGGAAACGUUGGAAAACCAAGGACGACCUGCGAAAAGAAAAGUGACCCUAAACAGAAACUUACUCCAAGGAAAGCUGCAGGCUAAAGAGGAACAGAAGGUUGUAGAUAAAGAUGCCCACAGGAUGACACGGGGAGCAAAAAGCCCCAACAGGUUAAAAAGGCUGAUCGAAAACGGAUCACCUUCGACUUGGAACCAGAUCAGCCUAAGCCAAACAAAAGUGUCUUCUCGCGUUUUACAAGACUUCCCCCUCAACAGGAGGACAACUGUAUAA